AAGUGCGAUGAGAGUAAACCAGUGUGCAAGAAGUGUGAGAUUCAUGGCCAGGCAUGCUCAUAUCUUCAAACCCACCCUCUCAAGAGAGGGCCGCCAACCGUGGCCUCCAUGCUAGCAACACCAAGUCCAACGACAGCAUCAGAUCCAUCGUAUUCGAUGUCCCCCGUUGCUCUUCCAGCAAAUUUCACAAUGCUAGAUCUCGAGCUCCUCCAUUUCUGGACGACCCAGAGCAUAGCCUCAUUCGUCGACUUCCCUUCCUGCAUCAAUCUCUUUCAGACCACGGUCGUGGAAUUAGGCUUCUCUCAUCCCUUUCUGAUGCAUGAAAUCCUCUCCCUUGCAGCUCUCCACCUCUCGAAUUUGAGACCCGAUAAAGCGUCAAUAUAUCGGCACGCAUCAGACACCCAUUUCGCCACCGGCCUCUCCUUAUUUCAACCAGCAAUCAGAAAUCUCUCUGACGAAAACUGCCACGCGUGCUAUGCCUUCUCAACGAUGGUGUUCACGCACGCGUGGGCAUCACAAGAUCCCGAUAAGCCAUCAGCGAUCUUCUUCGUCCCGUCUUCUUCCACCCCUCAAGAUCUUGAUGUCGUGCACGUGCAAUGGGUGAAGCUGCAUCGAGGCUCCCACGAGAUCCUGCAGAAACGCUCUGCUUUGCUUAGAGAGGGACCGUUGGAACCUCUCUUCACGCCCUGGAAAGGACUUGAUCGCAACGGCCCGCAUCCCUUACCUGCAGUCGAAGAAGAACAGCUCUCUGCGCUGUCUGCGCUUGCCGCGGCGUCGUCUCUGUCGGCCGAACAGAAACUCACGCUCAAUGAGAUGUUGCAGAAAGUGAGGAGGGUCUUUUCCAUCUUGGCUUACAAUCCGAAAAUUAGUCAGCUUAGCGCAGUGAUGAGUUGGUUUAGCAUGCUCUCUGAGGACUAUUUGAAGAUGCUGGAAGAGAAGAUCCCAGAGGCUUUGUUGAUUGUGGUGUUCUACUGCGUGGCGCUGAAGAGAGCCGAACAUAUGUGGUGGGUGAAGGGAAAGGGCGAGAACCUGUUAAGGACGGUCAUGGGUGAGUUGGGUUCGGGAUGGGAGACGUGGACUGAUUGGCCCGUGGAGCAGGUUCUGGGAGUCGGGGGUGAGAGGCGUUUUUUUGGGAUCGAAAAGUAACUUGCAUUGGGAAACAUUGGCUCGAGAUAGAAAUGCACUCGAGCAGCAGACAACAUGGGCGUAGGCGUUAAUUAGCGGGAAAAUAUUUGUGGGAAAUUAACUCAGAUGCUUUAAUUUGUAUAAUAUAGGGACGGCA